AUGGAAAACGGAGAUAACGUGUUUUUGCAACCAUCAGGGAUAAGCUAUGAUAAUGGUUAUGCAGAUAACGACGUUAUCUGGAGCGAUACUGCGUAUUCCUUCUACGAAAAUCAGGAGUUAGGACCCAAUUAUGGUUCUGGAGCCAAGCCGUUAAAGAAGUUUGGGUUUCAGUUUGGUAACAAGAUCAUAAAGUUACGUGUGGUCAAGAAGUCAAGUAAGUUCAUGAGUAUGCUUAUUAUUUUAUUGUUUAGUAUUGGAAAAACGUCGCUAUUUCUGCAAGUUUUGCCCGGAUGCCUACUUUGACACUGAGCGGGAGCACAAAGAACAUUCUAUGACCCACACUGCAUCAGUAAUCAAACGGAAGUGUGGUCAAUGUGAUGUUCAAUAUGUUUCAAGUAGAGCGCUUGCUAUUCACUGUAGAUUUGUGCAUGGUAUGUAGGUUCACUUAUUUCUUAUAUGCAUUUAACUAUGUAAAUAAAAGUCCUUUGAGAUAAAUAUGUUAUUUUUUCUAACAGAGAAACAAAUACAUGAACUUAGCAGAGUUGUUAGUUAUAAAAUUACAUUUUAGGAGAAACCAUGGGUUACAAAUGUGACUUAUGCGCCAAGCAAUUUACAAAGAAACAUUACUUGAUUUUACACACAAAAACACAUGAGAUUGGAGAUCGGUUUUACUGUAAAAAGUGUGGGAAUUGGUACAGGAAACAGGAAGAACUUAUUGAGCAUGAAGCGUUUUGUGACAAAGGCAAGAGAGGACGUUAUGGUUGUACGUUUUGCGACAAGGUGUUCUCGUAUCCGAGAGAUAAGAUUCUACAUGAAAGGACUCAUACUGGGGAGAAGCCAUUCACUUGCUUAAUAUGUGGAGCUCAGUUUUCACAGCCAUCAGCUCUGACCGUUCAUGGGCGAACUCAUACUGGGGAGAGGAAAUAUGGAUGUCGGUUUUGCCCAGUGCGUUUUGUUGACAGGUGAGUUAUACGCUUUUUCCACAUCGUUAGAGACUUAUUAUUAAUAAGUUACAGGGUUUAAGUUAAUUUGUGAUUAUUGUUGUCGAAAAUUGGCCUUUUUUAGCUCUGCAGCUCGUAGACAUGAGAUUCGUUUGCAUAUGGAAGAAGUAAAAAGGCAUGCUGAACCAUGA